CCACCGUGGUUGUGGUUAUGCAUAAACAUAACUAAUCAACACCUUCCGACCUGUUUAAGUUCAGCAGCACUGCGGUGCAAAAGUAACUGUGGUGUACUUGUUCCAUCUUGUUUGCCUUAUCUCAUCCAUCAGCACGCACAUUUUUCUCCUGGGCGGGACUUGCGAAGAUUUCCUGUGAAGAUAGUUUGCACUUUGCUGCUUGCUUGUUUAAACCGAGAUUAGGCACAAAGUGUAAGGAAAGCAAAUGUGAACAACUCUCUAGAAUGUGUUCAUUAUUUGUUUUAUUGCUCUGUUGUGAGUCAGUUCAUUUAGUUUGUUGUUUUUCUUUUGAUAACUGUGAAUUGUUCUCAACAGCCAUGCCCAGAAAUCUCUAAAAUCGCAAGACGUAGCAGAGGGAAGGGUCGCUCUCUCUUUCUCUCUCUCUCUUUGUGUGUGUGUUCACACUCCAAAGCAAAGCUGUAACUGGGGUUUACCUAGAAACCAGAAACCGUCUCAACUCGUGCCAUGGAGGAAGGCUUUCCUUUUCAUUUCGCCUUCUCAGACGUCGGCGUUUCGUCCCUGUCUUUGAUCUUUUUCCUCCUGGAUGUCGUGCUGGACCUGGUGGCCAUCGAGUGCCUUUAUGCAGAAAAGAAAUACUUCUCCUUGGGCUUGUUGAUAUUACUUCUGCUCGGUUCUUCGGUUGUAAUACAGAUCUUCAGCUGGCUCUGGUACUCUGAUCCUAACAAAACUGCUCCGGAGACUAAAGUAGAGACUUUCAUCAAGAGACACGGUUUACUGGGUCCGGUGCACAUCUGCCAGCUGGGAGUCUUCCUCAGGUAUGCAGCCGUUAUGGAGAUCUCGUUCUGCAGAUUUAAACAGAGGGACGUUUUUCUGAAGAGGGACACCAUACACAUGAAACACGACCUCAGCAUGUUGCGUCUGUUCGAGGCGUUCUCUGAAAACGCGCCCCAGCUCAUCCUGAUGACGCCUUUAUUUAUGCAGAUGCAGGAGAUUCAGUUCUUAACAGUCCUUAAAAUCAUCAGCCUGUCCUACAGCCUGUUGUCUUACCAUCACCACGUGCAUGCGGUCAACCCUGAGAAGCUUCAAAUGGGAUGGUCUUCAUUGGUCCUCUACUUCCUGUGGAACUUUUUCCUGAUUGGGGCUCGUGUUAUAAUCGUGUCCCUCUUUGCCUCGGCCCUGCCCUGCUACUUCGCCGCUCACUUCCUGUCCCUGUGGACGCUACUGAUCUUCUGGGCCUGGUGGCAGAAGACAGACUUCAUGGAGAGUAAAGCUGGAGAAUGGCUGUACCGGGCCACCGUAGGCCUCAUCUGGUACUUCAUCUGGUUUAAUGUCACGAGUGGACGCACCAGACUCAAAGCAAUCAUCUAUCACGUGGUCAUGGGGUCAGACACCAUGCUGCUGUUAGGAUUAUGGUGGUGGUGGAGAUCUGUGGAAUCGGCUCGUCUAGAUCCGCUACCUAUUAACCCCUACCUGCUUAUCGCCGUGUUAGUGACCAUCUACAUUACAGGAAUCUUACUGAGGCUGCUUUAUUACUGGAAAUUCCAUCCUAAUAAACCAGCUUUACAGGUGGACGAGAAAGAUCUGAAGUCGCAUGUGAAUUUAGAAUGCGAUGCAAAACGUUACGAUGUUGUAGAGGCAGACUCGAGGGCGAUCUCUUAA